AUGAUCGUCAAAGUUGCUGUACUGCUGCUGUGCUGUGCUACCGGGUUGCUCCGUGGGGAGCAAGUCCGGUACGAUAACUACCGCGUGUAUGAAGUGGCGAUCGCUGAUCAAACGCAACUGGAAGCUCUCCAGCAUCUGGAGCGUUUCCCGAAUGGCUAUCUCUUUUGGGAAUCGCCCGUGCAGACAAACAUGAAGCUUAACAUUGUAGUGCCACCGCACAAGUAUGCCGAGUUUGAUGAGCUUAGCCAACAGCUGGCCUUAGCGCACCGUUUGAGGGUUCCGAAUCUCCAACAGCUCAUCGAUGAGGAGAGUCCGCGACGAUCGAGACGUGCCUUUGGUUGGGAAGAUUAUCAAACGCUGGAAGACAUUUACGACUGGAUCGAUGAAAAGGUGGCCGAAUUCCCGGGCAUCGUUUCGGUAGAGACGAUCGGCCAGUCGUACGAGGAUCGUGAUAUGAAGGUGGUCAAGAUUUCGUACAAGCAGGGCAACCCGGGCAUCUUUCUCGAGUCGAACAUUCACGCCCGCGAAUGGAUCACAUCGGCCACCGUAACCUGGCUGAUGAACGAGUUCUUCACGUCCACUGCACCGGAGGUGCGUGAGCUGGCGGAAAACUACGAUUGGUACAUCCUGCCGGUGGUUAAUCCCGAUGGGCUGAACUACACCAAAACCACCAACCGAAUGUGGCGCAAGAAUCGCUAUCCGCACAAUGUGCUUUGCUACGGUGUGGACAUGAACCGUAACUUCCCCGGUCAUUGGAUGGAGGGCGGUGCAUCGUCUAUCCCCUGUACGGACACGUACGGCGGACCGGAAGCGGGUUCCGAAAUCGAAACGCAAAACAUUAUGAACUACUUCGUGAGCAUUAAGGAGAGGGUGAACGCCUACCUGUCGUUCCAUUCCUACGGUCAGUACAUUCUCUUCCCGUACGGUCAUCAAAACGCGGAAUAUUCCGAAAACUACUACGACAUGAUGGAGAUGGGUGAGGCGGCCGCUGUCGCCAUUUACAAUCGGUUCGGUACGCCGUACGAGUUCGGUACCACGGCCGAUGUGUUGUAUAUUGCCUCGGGAUCGUCCCCGGAUUGGGCCCACGGUACGCAAGGUACACCGGUGGCUGCCACCUUUGAGUUCCGCGACAAUGGUUACCAUGGGUUCAUUCUGCCCCCGGAGCAGAUCAUUCCGAACGCGAUGGAGGUGCUGGACGGCCUGGUUGCAUUCUUCCGCAAGGGCAAGGAGCUCGGUUACUUUAAUGCGUAAUGGUAGAUAGUGCGACCUACGUAACACGGUAAUCGAUUUAGCAUGAUUAGAUUAGAGCGUACGAAGGGUGUACCAAAUGAUACAUAAUAAUAAACAUAGCUCAUUGAUUGUGUUGCACAA